AUUCAGAAAAGUGUCGGAAAGUUGUCUGAAAUCCUCACGAGCAGGUCCGAGCACGAGGAGGGCGAAUACUCAGAAAUAAAAGAGACUCUCGCGGAUCUUUUUGGGGACUUUUGUGCGUGUUUUCCCGCCUCGGACAGAGAGCUGUAACCUGUUUCCUCCAUCUUUAAAGCUGCUCAGACAGACAGACGGGAUGGCGACGCAUUUCAGGAGCGGACCAGCCUUCGGACUUUCUGCAGAGGUCAAGAGUAAGCUGGCCGGGAAGUACGACCCGCAGAAGGAAGAGGAGCUGAGGCUGUGGAUUCAGGACGUGACGGGCAGAAGGAUGGGGGACAACUUCAUGGAGAGUCUGAAGGACGGAGUCCUGCUGUGCGAACUGAUUAAUGUGCUCCAGCCAGGCUCUGUGAAAAAGAUCAACAACUCCAGUCAGAACUGGCACCAGCUGGAAAACAUCGGGAACUUUGUCCGUGCGAUCACGGACUACGGCCUGAGGCUACCGGACAUCUUCGAGGCCAACGACCUGUUUGAGAACGCCAACCACACACAGGUCCAAUCCACGCUCAUGGCUCUGGCUGGCAUGGCCAAGUCCAAAGGUUUCCACUCUAAGUAUGAUCUAGGAGUGAAGUACGCUGAGAAGCAGCAUCGCCGCUUUGCUCCAGAGAAGCUGAGGGAGGGUCGUAACAUCAUCGGCCUGCAGAUGGGAACCAACAAGCUUGCCAGCCAAAAGGGCAUGACUUCUUACGGCACACGACGCCAUCUGUACGAUUCCAAGAUGGCGAUGGACACUCCCCUGGACCAAUCAACGAUCAGCCUACAGAUGGGAACCAACAAGGGAGCCAGCCAGGCUGGCAUGACGGCCCCGGGGACCAGGAGGCACAUCUUUGACAGCAAGCUGGAUCUGGAGAACUGCGACACCACCACCAUCUCUCUGCAGAUGGGGACCAACAAGCGGGCGUCCCAGCGGGGCAUGACCACCUACGGACUGCCGCGCCAGGUCUACGACAACAAGUACUGCACCAACCCCACCGAGACCUUCAACAACGGGAGCGAGACCGUGUUCGACGGCUACAACCAGUACGACGACUAA